AUGUCUUAUAAAAGCAACAGAGGACGAAGCAGAUUAUACCAAAGAAUAUCAUCUAUCUGGGAAACAACAAGAUCUCAGUCUCAGGACAGAUCAAUAUCAGAAAUGACAAUGGCACAAGUACCAGACAUGGAAUCCUAUCUAAUGGACAAUAACAGUGAAUAUGAGGGAGAUUUUUAUGGAGUUCUUUCCAAUGGAUACAAGAAAGGGGUUCACAAUUCCCACUGCAUCUCCUGUCACAGAAGGUCCUGUGUGUGCAGUUCUGGAAUACAUCUGGAGAUGGCCACAGAGGUGGAUUCUGGGUAUUCUUUCAGGAAAACCGUGGUACUCGUGGUGGCUGUUGAAAAGCUGAAAAAAGGGUUAAUUUGCAACACGGGGUUCAAAGACACAGAUUUACUAAAUCUGAUAAAUGACAUUUUUGUGCAAGAAGAAAUUUCAUAUGAGAAGACAGAAUUCACUUCCGCUUCCUUCCCCAAUUACAAGUACAUUAAAGCAAGUGAAUGCAAUAUCAGAGAUUCUCACAAUAAGUGCAUGGCUUUGCAGCAAUUCCCUGGGAACGCCAAACUUGUAGCUGUUUCGCUUCAGGGUUUAAACACCCAGAGAGAAGAGAAGAUUACCAUGUCUUUUUACGCUACUCAGAGUUUGAGCUCACACCAACAAGCAGUAACUUUGGGUCUAGCGGGGAAGAACCUCUACCUAUCAUGCACCCUUGUAGAAGGCGAAGCUCAGCUGCAUUUGGAAGAGGUCAAGGACAUUAAAGAAGUGAAAAAUGAGGACUUGUUAAGAUUUAUUUUUCAGAAGUCUGCUUUUGGGUCUAGAUUUACCUUUGAGUCUGCGGCUUGCCCUGGCUGGUAUAUCAGCACUUCUCAAGCUGAAAACGAAUUGGUCCAGAUGAAGCCUGAAGCUGAUCAAAGAUAUAUCAGAGAAUUCUUAGUCCUUUCCUAGAAUAUAUACUUAUAUAUUGCUAUAUAUGUAUAGCAUAAUCUGUUAUCCAACCCAGUAUCCUGCAUGUAUGUACUGAGUACAAGGCAGAAAUAACUAUAAGCGUCUGGUAUAGAAACAAUCUUUAUGCACACAUUGUGCUGUCAUAUUCCAGUCACAUGCAUAGUUCUAAAGAAUCAGUAUGUAAUGCAUUCUGGGAUUGAUUGCAAUGCAAUGUGGGCAUGGGUUGCAACCUUUUCACAUGCAAAACAAAAGAAAAAAUAUUUGUAACAUAAAUCAAUUAUAGCACAAUGUUCAUAUCAAAAUAUUGAAGCUCUACAUACAUACCAGACACUUGUAAAAAUGCAAACAGCAUUUAGUUUUUAUGUUUUAACUUUUAUAAAGUUUACGUUUCUCUGUGAGAGAUCAUACAAGUAGCACCGAUUGGGGUUGCUUAUUUGUUUCAGUUGAAAAUGAGCAUUAAUUUAUUUUACAUUUUGUCAUUGUAUGUUUUAUACAGUAUAUAUUUAUUCACUGCUAAUUGUAUAUAAUAUUUAAAAUUAUUUAAUUGAA